GCCAGGCGGCGGGAGAAGAGGCCAUGGGCGCGCGGGUCGGGGCGCUGCUGCUGGCGCAGCUGUUGGCGCGAGUGGAAAUCGCGAGGCCGGAGUUGCAGGAUAAGGACCUGCUGUUUCCAGGUUUCGAGAACUCGUCGUUGCUCACAUGGCCAUGUGGCCAACGCGCCGUCCCGACACGCAUAGUGGGUGGAAAGGACUCAGAGCUUGGCCGCUGGCCUUGGCAGGGCAGCCUGCGCAUGUGGGGCUUCCACCACUGUGGGGCGAGCCUGCUGAACCGCCGCUGGGUGCUCUCAGCCGCGCACUGCUUCCAAGAGAGCGCCAAUCCCAAUGAAUGGACGGUCCAGUUUGGCGAGCUGACCUCCUCGCCGUCCAUCUGGAACCUGCAAGCCUACUACAACCGCUACCAGGUGGCGCGGAUUUUCCUGAGCCCUCGGUAUCUGGGGUCCUCGUCAUUCGACAUUGCCCUGCUGCGGCUGGCCUCCUCCGUCACCUACAGCAAGCACAUCCAGCCCGUCUGUGUCCCGGCCUCGUCCUCGGAGUUCCAGAACCAGACCGACUGCUGGGUGACCGGCUGGGGGGACAUCACAGAAGAUGAGGUGCUGCCAUCUCCCCACACCCUCCAGGAAGUCCAGGUCGGCAUCAUUAACGCCACCAUGUGUAACCACCUGUUCUCACUGCCUGAUUUCCGCCGCAACAUCUGGGGAGACAUGGUUUGUGCCGGCGACCCUCAAGGCGGCAAGGAUGCCUGCUUCGGUGACUCAGGCGGACCCCUGGCCUGCAAAAAGAAAGGGCUGUGGUAUCAGAUUGGAGUCGUGAGCUGGGGCGUGGGCUGUGGUCGGCCCAACCGGCCCGGCGUCUACACCAACAUCAGCAUGCACUACGAAUGGAUCCGAAAGAUAAUGGCCAAAAACCACAUUCACAGACCAGACCCCCGCCCGCUGCUGCUCCUCCCUCUGCUCUGGGCUCCCUUGCUCCUGCAGCUGCCCUGAGCCCAGGCGCGCCCCCUGAGACCUGGGGCCAUCUGCUGAGUCGGUCCCGUCCCCUUUGCUAAUAAAGACCUGUGCAU